AUGCUCUCGGUCAAGCAUUUUACCAGCGAUGCAAAUGCUGGUAUCACGGGAUGGCGGGAGCCCAUGCUGCCUCAAACAAUUGUAGCGGUGGCCGGUCACGUCGGCAGGCUUCUGGUCUCGGCCGAGUUCCUGUCGAAGGCAGAAUGGUUUCGUGGUGGCUGUCACUGGAGUGAUAUUGUGACUCGAGGAAAACUCGAAAAGCCGAACGGCCUCGCAAGCGGCUCUGGCCGUGAACCGGGGUAUCUCCCUGGUGCCUACUCAGUCUCUUAG